AUGAGUACGGAUAGGAAAUGUGUAGCGGCAAUUUUGCUCGCUAUUGCUAUUAAGCGAAGGAAAGCACGCAAACAAAGACAAAGAAUUUGGAGUAAGGACUGGUAUUUAAAACGACCUAUUCUAGGGCAAACAGAGCUUCUAAAAGAAUUAGAAUAUACAUCCGAAAGUGAUUUCAAAAAUUAUGUUCGGAUGACUAAGCCCACUUUUGACUUAUUGCUUGGAAAAAUUGCGCAUUUGAUUACAAAACAAAAUACCAUGAUGAGAGAUGCGAUCCCCGCCCAUCACCGACUCGCCUUGACAUUAAGGUACUUGGCAAGCGGCAAUAGCUUCGAGGAUUUAAAAUUUUUAUCAGCAAUAGCGCCCCAAACAAUUGGUCGAAUCGUCAACGAAACUUGUGAAGCAUUAAUAAGUGAACUUAAGAAUUUUAUAAGGCUCCCACAAACACAAAAUGAGUGGAGAAGAGAAGUUUCGGAUUUUUAUAACCUUUGGAACUUUCCGAACUGUAUAGGCGCUAUAGAUGGGAAGCAUAUUAAUAUUCGUCAGCCACCUGGAUCUGGAUCUUUUUACUAUAAUUACAAAAAAACAUUUUCCAUAGUGCUGAUGGCAGUGGUCAAUGCCAACUAUGAGUUUUUAAUGGUUGACGUUGGCAAAAAUGGCAGAGCAUCUGAUGGAGGCGUAUUUCGCGAAACAAAGUUUUUUUCAAAACUAGCAGCAAACACUUUAAAAAUUCCGAGCCCAGAGGCUCUUCCGGGAUGUGGUGAAAGAAUGCCGUUUGUGUUUGUAGCUGACGAUGCUUUUCCGCUAUCGGAAAAUAUUUUAAAACCAUUUAGUCACAACACUCUCAAAACAGAGGAGAUUAUCUUCAACUACAGGCUUUCCCGAGCACGAAGGAUUGUUGAAAAUGCUUUCGGCAUUUUGGCAUCCAGAUUUAGGAUCUUGUUACAAACUAUAAAUAUGUCACCAGAAAAAACCACUACUAUUGUGCUAGCUUGUUGCUAUUUGCAUAACUUUUUGAGGAAGCAAAAUGAGCGAACUUAUUUCGAAGGUGGUUUGGAUACGGAGCAAGUGGAAAUGGGCAUUAUCGAAUAUGCAGAUUGGCACAGUGGUCCAAAUCUUCAAAACCUUCAAGCUUCAACUUCUAGAAAUGCAUCCCGAAAUGCAAAACAAAUUAGGGAAAAUUUUUGCACAUAUUUUAACACAACUGGGUCAGUACCGUGGCAAAAUAAUGUUUUAAGAUAA